AUGAGAGCGUUAGCAUACUUUGGUCAAAAAGACAUCCGCUUCACUGACAGCCUUGCGCAACCACAGGUUUCUCAUGAGGAUGAGGUGGAAAUUGACGUUAGCUGGUGCGGUGUAUGUGGUUCCGAUCUCCACGAAUAUCUUGAUGGCCCUAUUUUCUUUCCAGCUAAUGGGAAGACACACGCUAUGAGCGGCCAAGGCCUUCCCCAGGCCAUGGGCCAUGAGAUGUCUGGCAUUGUGUCAAAAGUAGGAAGCGACGUUUCCAAGGUCAAGGUUGGUGAUCACGUGGUUGUAGGUGCAUGCUGCACGUGUGAAGACCGCGCUAGGUGGCCCGACGUCAAGCACGAGAGGGAGGGUCUGUGCAUUGCAUGCAAGACAGGAAACCCUAACUGCUGCACUGACCUUGGAUUCUGUGGGCUUGGGUGCCAAAGUGGCGGUUUUGCUGAAAAAAUUGUCCUCAGCGAGCGUAAUGUCGUCAAAAUUCCAAACAGUCUUCCCCUCGAUGUGGCCGCACUUGUAGAACCUAUCUCUGUCUCUUGGCACGCGGUCCGCAUUUCGAAGCUACAACCAGGUCAGACCGCUUUGGUUUUGGGUGCUGGCCCCAUCGGCCUAGCGGCAGUUCUUGCACUGCAGAGCCAUGGUGCCGGCACCAUUAUUGUCUCAGAACCUGCAGACACUAGAAGGCAGAAAGCUGAGGCUUUGGGUGCUCAAACAUUCAAUCCAACAGAACAUGGUGAUAACGUCAUCGAAGCGCUUCGUAAAUUGGCUCCAGGCGGUGAAGGUUUCAACUUCUCCUACGACUGCUGUGGUACCAGCGAGACUUUCAGCGCCGGCCUGCAUACACUAACACCUAAAGGUGUCGCUGUCAACAUCGCGGUUUGGGGUCCUAAGCCAAUUGACUUCUACCCAAUGGAUGUCACAACAUCAGAGAGAUUUGUUACAGGAUCCAUCUGCUACACUACUCAAGAUUUCGAAGAGGUCGUAGACGCAAUGGACAAGGGCAAAAUUGACAUCAACAAGGUGAAAACCAUGAUCACAGGUCGCGAAAGAAUUGAAAAUGGUUUCGAGAACGGCAUAAUGGAUUUGAUCAACAAUAAGGAGAAGAACAUCAAAAUUUUAUUGACUCCGAACAAUUUCAAGGAACUUGCUUAG